AUGCGUCCGUCUAUUCGAUACUUCCAGCAUGCCUGCCGAAUCACUCUCUUCACUCGAGCAAACUGUCAACUAUGUACAAAUGCAAAAGCGACAUUAUCAGAUGUGUGGGAUGUUCGACCUUUUCACUACACUGAGAUUGAUGUGAUGAAGCCAGAAGGCAAAAGAUGGAAGGAUCUCUACGAAUUUGAUACACCAGUUAUCCAUGUCAGCAAGUCUGAACUGGGCGAAGAGAAUCCAGAAAGCUCAGCCAAAGCAACGAAACUCAUGCACCGAUUCUGUGCCGAGGAAGUGACGGCCAAGAUGGAUGCAGCGGAAGGUGGCCAUCGACCUGGAGAUUGA